UCCCCGUGGGGCCCAUCUCGCUCCUGCCUGUACCUCUGCAAAGGGAUGGGAUUGCUCCUGAAGAUUUUCAUCCCUUUGCUGGGAGCAGCCCUGGCCUUUUAUUUUUAUUCAGCACCUGAGAACUUCAGUGAAGAGAUGCUCCGGGGGAAGCGGGUGAUCGUGACGGGAGCCAGCAGCGGCAUCGGGGAGCAGAUGGCUUAUCACCUGGCUCACAUGGAGGCCCACCUGCUGCUCACGGCACGGACAGAGGCCAAGCUGCAGAAAGUUGUGGAGCGAUGCCUGGAGCUGGGUGCUGCCUCCGCCCGCUACAUCAGCGGCUCCAUGGACAGCCCCACCCUGCCCCAGGAGCUGCUCAGGGAGGCUGAGAACACCUGGGGCGGCCUGGACAUGCUCAUCCUGAACCACAUCGGCCACAGCGGCUUCACCUACUUCAGCGGGGACGUGGGCCACGUCCGAAAGCUCAUGGAGAUCAACUUUGUGAGCUACGUGGCCUUGGCCACGGCUGCCCUGCCCCUGCUGAAGGAGAGCGAGGGCAGCAUUGUUGUGGUUUCAUCCAUAGCAGGCAGAAUUGCCGGCCCUUUUACUGCUCCCUAUUCCGCAACCAAGUUCGCCUUAGAUGGAUUCUUCAGCUCCCUGAGGCAGGAGCUCAUCAUAGACAAGGUCAAUGUUUCCAUCACACUCUGCAUCCUGGGCUACAUCAACACAGAGAGCGCCGUGAGCGCCGUCUCGCACGUUAUCCCGGACACGCCGGCCCCGAAGGAGGAGUGUGCCCUGGAGAUCAUCCGGGCCGGAGCCCUGCGCCGGCGGGAGCUGCACUACCCUCCCCGGGCCGUGGGCAGCAUGCUCCUCGCCCACAGCAUCGCCCCCGAGCUCCUGGACUCCCUCAUCCGCAGCAGCUACCGCGUGGAAAACGUCAGGAGAACGUAGUCCUGGGACCGUGCUGGGACACCUGGGGCCAAGCAGGACCCAGCUGGGCGCUAAGCCGGCUGCCUGGGCACCCUUCCCACACCUCUGCUGACACCCUGGGGCAGGACACUCCAGGAGCCUGUAACGCAGCACAGGAAUGUCCUUUUUAGUAAUGGACUCUUGUAAAGGGCUGUUUCCAACCAGGAAAGAGAAGCCCUGCAGCAGCAGCAUCUGCUGCCAGUGUCCUCCUCACCAGCAGGGUUCCUGCUCAACCUGCAGAAACUGUUCCCUCUGGAAAGCCACCGAGGCAGCUGAGCUGAGCCCUGGCCCAGAACCAGGGUUUGGGCCAAGCAGCACAAACCACCCAAAGCCAUGAGAGAGUCUCUGAAUCUGGAGAU